AUGAUCACUACAAUAAGCUAUUAGUUAACUAUAAAAGCAUAAAUCGAAAAUGAAAAAAGUAUAUAGUCAUAAAAUUAUUUUUUUAAUACCGGUAUAAGAUUCAAAGUAUUGCCCAUCCUGGCUUUUAACAAGUAACUUGAUUAUAUACUAUUCAUAAGGCCGAUUUUACGCUAAUAGAGUUAAUUAAUAUCAAAUAAUUGCUUAAUGGUGACAUUUACAAUUCAAGAAGAAUAGCUGUUGUAUAUUCAUCCAUUUAAUAGCCUAAAUAUAAUGUGUACGAAGAUGAUGAUUAAAAACAAAUGCUUAUUUUCAUGCUUGAUUCAUUAGGAUAUUUUAUUCAUUUAUUUUUAAAUUUAUAUUUCUAAUUUGUAAAACAUUAUUCAUAAAUAAAAAAAGGAUUUAAUCGCUAGUGAAGGUAUCUGGAGAGACUCUAAAAAUAAUAAAAGUGGUUUGGUUUAUAGCAGUUUAUUUUGA